AUGAGUGGAGGUCUCCGCGUUCUGAUGAUGGUACAUGCUCAUAUUCAUCGCUGCUUUUUUUUCAAGAGGAGGCUGAUCCAUUAUACAAGGCAAACAACGAGACCUGGCGUAAAAUCCGCAAGCUGGCCCACAGCCUACUCAAUAUCACGGUGGCCAGGAAAUAUGUGCCCUAUCAAGACUUGGAAAGCAAAGCUUUGUUGAUGGGUCUUCUAGAGGACCCCGGCGACUUCUUCAACCAUAUCCGACGCUACUCAACCUCUCUCACUCUUCAAAUGGCGUUUGGCAGCCGUACUCCAACAAGGAACGAUCAAAACUUGUUAGAAAUGUUUCAAGUAAGUUCUCGCUACCUCACGAGAUCAUGGCUCACACCCUGUCCAAGAUAUUCGAGAAGUUCUCCGAAAUCAGUCUCUCUCCUGUAAGUAAUCCAUAUCUUUUUUUUCCAACCCCACCUCCUUUUUUUUCACCGUGGUUUUCCUAACGUCAUCUCUUCCAAGGCCGCUGCUCUUCUUGAUGUCUUUCCCAUUUUGAGGUCUCUUCCUGAUAUAUUACUGCCUGUCAGAGCUCUGGGGAAGGAACUUCAUGAACGAGAGAUGAAACUUUUCAAAUCAUUCUUCAAUAAUACCCGACAGAAGCUAAAAGACGGUACACAAAAGGCAUGCCUACCCACACCUUCGGCCCUGGACUGCAACUAAUCAAGCUUUAGCCCUGUGCCUGCAUCGACUUGCUUCGCCUCCAGGACAAGGAAGACUUCUCCGAUGAUCUCACUUGCUACACCAGCGGCAGUUUCCUUCAAGCUGGUUCCGAAACCACAGCCAAUGUGUUGAUGGGGUUCACCCAAGCCAUGGUCGUCUUUCCCGAGGUAGCCAGGCAAGCCCAGGCGGAAAUCGACCAGGUCUGUGGAAACCGCCUGCCUGAUUUGAACGACGUGCCGGAUCUUCCAUACAUCCGCUCUUGUAUCAAAGAGAGCCUACGUUGGAUGCCCGUGGCGCCAUUGGCCGUUCCUCAUGCUGUCACACGGGACGACUAUUAUCAGGGUUACCUGAUACCCCAGGGUGCGGAAGUGGUACUUAAUGUUUGGUAAGCGCUUGGAACAGCCCUUGCUGAAAUUAGACUUUCGACGCUGUGAUAAAUAAGACCCAUUUGGCUAACUACCAUCUAUCUACAAGGGCGAUUUCACAAGACCCUCGGCGGCAUCUUGACCCGCGAGUCUUCAACCCCGGCCGCUGGGCUGGGAAUAAUGAAAACUCGAUGGACUCGGCUGCCAGCGCCGAUAUCGCCAAGCGUGACCAUUUCAUCUUUGGGGCGGGUCGGCGGAUCUGCCAAGGAAUGCACAUUGCUGACCGGUCCCUCUUCUUGGCGAUAUCACGUACGCUCUGGGCCUUUGACUUCAAGCGAGUAGUGGACCCGGAGGCGAAGCAGGAACUGGUUCCAGACACGGACGAUUUAGUUGAUGGGAUGUUCAUACGCCCCAAUUCGUUCAAGGCCGAUAUUGUCCCCAGAAAUGAGGCUAGGGCAUCUCAGGUCAGGGAGGAGUGGGCCAAAGCAACGGAACUACUAGACGAAAACAUGCAAUGGAAGAUAGUGCCGGAGGGAUUGAUCUGGAAAGACUACGAAGCUGUGGAAAAUUCAGGGUAG